ACAAGAUGUUCGGGGUGUCGGUCCUCGCAGCGACGUGCAUCAGCUUGGCGGUCGCUCUUCCCUCAGCAACGACGACAUACAACAGCAACCUGAAAUACUACUUUCCUCGCCAGACACUGCCGCAAUACCCAUCCUCGUUCGACCCGCUCGGAAACAGCGCGCUCGCCGUCUACUAUGGCAAGGCGCAGUACAACUCGAACCCGUCGCUAUGGGACCUCUGCAGCAUCGACGACAUUGACAUGAUUGUCAUGGGCUUCAUCCGCAACUUCAAUGGCUACAACAAGCAGCCGACCUUUGACAUCUCGUCGUGCAAGACGCCCUACCAGCCCGCCGCCAACUUCACCGGCAUCACCUGCCCGACCCUGGCCGCCAACAUCACACGCUGCCAGAGCUUGGGCAAGAAGGUCAUGAUCAGCUUGGGCGGCUCCAGCAGCGACCUGGACCUCGCCAAUGCCACGGACGCCCAGCAGGCUGCCACCACCCUCUGGAACGUCUUUGGCGCCGGCACCGACACACCCAACAUCAGGCCCUUUGGCAAUGUCACUCUCGACGGCUUCGAUUUUGCCACCCUGCAGUCGCUGUUCAAGACGGCCACCCCCGACCGCUACAUCAGCGCCUCCCCGCUCUGUGUGAACAACACCGUCAUGCCCUACGACUUUUACAAGAAUGCAAACUUCAUCUGGCCGCGCUUCUACAACGCAAACGCCUGCAAAGCUGGCGGCAAGGGCUACAACAACUCCGUCACCGCCUGGUCCAAGUUCCUCGUCGGCGUCGACUCCAACAUUGGCCCCCGCUACCCUCGCUUCUACAUUGGUGCCCUCGGCUUUGAAAACUACAACAACGGCGGUGGCUUUGUCGCUCCCGAUUACUUUGGCGAUCUGGUCGAGUACACCAAGGACCGCGUUGGCAAGGAGAGAUUUGGCGGCGUCAGUGUUUGGGAGGGCACUGAUGCUUUGCUGUCGCAAACCACGGAUGGCGUGAAUAUCCUCAACGUCACCAAGGAAGCCCUGCUCGAGCCUUUUACCAGCGAUGCCUGUGGUACGUCACUCGACACUCGCCCUCUAAAAGCAAUAAAGUUGAUUCGUGUUAGAUUAAAUCGUUGGACUGGGAGAGGCAACAAGAGAGUUGUUUCGCAAAGAGGGCGGAGG